GACGACGCCAUUGUAACAGCGUUAGCAAACCGAUCACACAGGAAACAAAAUUUAAGAUAUGGCAGACAACGAGAACGAAGCUGAACUUUUGGACUACGAGGAGGAGGAGAAUGAGGCUACUGCCGAUGGAGCAGGGGAUGUACAGCAACAAAUAAAGAAAGAUGUUAAGGGUACAUACGUAUCCAUUCACAGUUCUGGAUUUAGAGAUUUUCUUCUGAAACCGGAGCUGCUCCGAGCCAUUGUUGACUGUGGCUUUGAGCAUCCCUCAGAAGUUCAGCAUGAAUGCAUCCCGCAAGCAAUUUUGUCAAUGGAUGUGUUGUGUCAAGCUAAGUCUGGUAUGGGAAAGACGGCCGUGUUUGUAUUGGCAACUCUUCAACAGCUAGAGCCUGUGGAUGGUCAGGUGUCUGUGUUGGUAUUGGCACAUACUAGGGAACUUGCUUUCCAAAUCAGCAAAGAGUAUGAACGGUUCAGCAAGUACAUGAACAGCACAAAAAUAGCAGUCUUCUUUGGUGGGAUGUCGGUUAAGAAAGAUGAAGAGGUCCUGAAAAAGAACUGUCCACAUAUUGUGGUGGGAACUCCAGGGAGGAUUCUAGCACUUGUACGAUCAAAACAGCUUGUUUUGAAGCAUGCAAAACAUUUUAUUUUGGACGAAUGUGACAAAAUGUUGGAAGAAUUAGACAUGAGACGAGACGUUCAGGAGAUAUUCAGGGCCACUCCCCAUGAGAAGCAAGUCAUGAUGUUCAGUGCCACCCUCAGCAAAGAUGUCCGAGCAAUCUGCAAGAAGUUCAUGCAAGAUCCUAUGGAAGUGUAUGUGGAUGAUGAUUCCAAGCUCACCCUUCAUGGUCUACAGCAGCACUAUGUAAAGCUGAAGGACAAUGAGAAGAAUAGGAAGCUUUUUGAGCUUCUUGAUGUUCUUGAAUUCAACCAGGUGAUAAUUUUUGUCAAGUCCGUCCAGAGAUGCAUGGCCCUGGCACAGUUGUUAGUGGAACAGAACUUCCCAGCUAUUGCCAUCCACAGGGCAAUGACACAAGAGGAAAGAUUAUCUCGCUACCAACAGUUUAAAGAUUUCCAGAAGAGAAUUCUAGUGGCCACAAACUUGUUUGGACGUGGAAUGGAUAUUGAGAGAGUGAACAUUGUUUUCAACUAUGACAUGCCUGAGAAUUCCGACACAUACUUACACAGAGUGGCACGUGCUGGAAGAUUUGGUACCAAAGGUCUUGCCAUUACAUUUGUCUCUGAUGAAAAUGAUGCCAAGGUGUUGAAUGAUGUUCAGGAGCGAUUUGAGGUUAACAUCACAGAACUACCAGACGAGAUUGACAUCUCUUCAUAUAUUGAGGGUAGAUGAACAAAAUGUGAUAUCCUACAAGAGUGAAGUUACUGUGUUGGACUUAUCAUAUGUACAGUGUAAAUAACAUUGAGAUCAUUUCUUGUAAUUUCAUAACAACUCGCCUUCAUCUGCCUCGUUCAUUUAACGACUGUGAUUUCUGAACUGCAAAUCAUGAUACAAGAGGAAUAUCGUGAUGUUAAAAGACCAAUUCCGGGGUUUCAGCAAUUUGUGAUGAAAAUCAGGAAGACAAGAAUAUAUACUUUGUGAGGAACAAAACUUUACAUUUUGUUCGUUUCUGGGGUUGUGUUUUCCUUUUUUUUUAAAGGGGGGAUUAGUAGUGAUAAAUGUAUUUAAGAAAAAUAAAUGGAAUAAAGAGCUAGAGAUUAAAAUAUGUGUCACUA